GCGGCGGGGCGCAGGCGCGCGGCGGGCAGCCCGCGCGGCGCAGGGCCCGGGUCCUGCGUGCGGCGGCGGCGCUCGGCCCGGCCCGGCUCGGCCCGAGAUGGCGACCAAGAACUUCCGCGUCAGCGACGGCGACUGGAUCUGCCCCGACAAGAAGUGCGGGAACGUGAACUUCGCCAGGAGGACGAGCUGUAACAGAUGCGGCAGAGAGAAGACCACGGAGGCCAAGAUGAUGAAGGCGGGGGGCACGGAGAUCGGGAAGACGCUGGCCGAGAAGAGCCGGGGGCUGUUCAGCGCCAACGACUGGCAGUGCAAAACCUGUGGCAAUGUGAACUGGGCGCGGCGCUCGGAGUGCAACAUGUGCAACACCCCCAAGUACGCCAAGCUGGAGGAGAGGACAGGCUAUGGAGGAGGAUUCAAUGAACGGGAGAACGUGGAAUACAUAGAGCGGGAGGAGUCCGACGGGGAGUAUGAUGAGUUUGGGCGCAAAAAGAAAAAGUACCGGGGGAAGCCAGUGGGUCCUGCCUCCAUCCUGAAGGAAGUGGAAGAUAAGGAAUCUGAGGGGGAGGAUGAGGAGGAUGAGGAUGAAGAUCUCUCCAAGUAUAAAUUGGAUGAGGACGAGGAUGAGGAUGAUGCUGACCUGUCCAAGUACAACCUGGAUGCCAGUGAGGAGGAGGACACCAACAAGAAGAAGAAGCCGCCGAGGCGCAGCCGCUCCAAGUCCCGCUCCUCCCACUCGCGCUCGUCCUCGCGCUCAUCCUCUCACUCGAGCUCAAGGUCUAGGUCCAGGUCCCAUUCCAGGAGUUCUUCCAGUUCCAGAUCGAGAUCCCGCUCCAGCUCCAGGGAACAGUCGCGGUCCCGUGGGUCCAAAUCCAGAUCCAGCUCCAGGUCCUACAGGGGGUCUUCCACCCCAAGGAAAAGAUCUUGCUCCAGCUCUCGCUCCUCGUCUUCCCCCGAGAGAGGCAAGAAGCGAAGCCGCUCUAGAUCCUCUUCCUCUGGUGAUCGCAAAAAAAGGCGCUCGAGAUCACGGUCACCCGAAAGACGCCGCAGAUCUUCCUCCGGAUCCUCCCAUUCUGGUUCCCGUACAAGUUCUAAAAAGAAAUAAUGUGUAAAAGCUCACACUUACAAAAACCCACCAAAAUUCCAGUCAGUGCAUGAGACAUUUUUAAGAAGUUGGUGUCUUA